AAUAUAUCACUUUACGGAAGGCAGUGGCGCAGAGAACAACCACAGCCAACACUUACACGAUCUCUGGUUCGCUACAGCCCGCUACGAACAUGCGCUAAAGCCGCUGAAGAAAUCAGAGCAUGCUACAGCGUGCAGCUUAACCUGCACCUGCUAAUGAAGAACCCUAAUGCCUUUUAAAAAGCGAUGUGCUGAUAUUGAAGUAUGUCUUCAUAUCUCUUCUUGAUUAUUAUUUUCUCCCUUCAGAACUACCCUGAAUUCAAGGUUUCCCACUUUACAAAUAUGCUUGCUCAACGGCUACCAAUCAGCCUUUUUCUUCAGCCACUGCGGCGCUAACCAGAUGGCCUCUCCUCCACUAUGAGCUACGACCACCACGCAAACCCAAAACCCCACACAGCCUGUCUAUCGCUAACCCCUUGGACCGGCGGCACGCCACCUCGACCUUGCACCAGCACAAACCACGACCACAACCGCCAACUUCCAGCAUAGCACUUGUCACAAUGCUGUCCUACAUCCUGAUACAAAAUCGCCAAGGCAAAACCCGUUUAGCCAAGUGGUAUGCGCCGUUCACCGACGAGGAAAAGAUUAAGCUUAAAGGCGAGGUUCACCGACUCGUCGCCCCCCGAGACCAAAAGUACCAAUCCAACUUUGUCGAGUUCCGAAACCAUAAAAUCGUAUACCGAAGAUAUGCUGGCCUCUUCUUCUGCGUCUGCGUCGACACCAACGAUAACGAACUUGCAUACCUAGAGGCUAUUCACUUCUUUGUUGAGGUUCUGGAUGCCUUCUUUGGCAAUGUCUGCGAGCUCGACCUUGUCUUCAACUUCUACAAAGUCUACGCGAUCCUUGACGAAGUAUUCUUGGCUGGCGAGAUCGAAGAAACCAGCAAACAGGUUGUUUUAACCCGAUUAGAACACCUCGACAAGCUCGAAUAGUCAUCACAUCAGCCUCUAUAUUCGUGUACAUAUGGUUACGGACUGCAAUUUUAGCCCCCGCAUUUGGCUGGCUUUAUAGGAAGGAGUCUUUGGAGUCUUGGGUUCACGGUUUGCUCUUCAUAGUUCCGCAUAGGACAACUAUUUUGUUAUCUAGCGAUCUCAAUCGUGUUUAUUUCAAUAUACAGCAAUAACGAUAUCACAUAUAGAACCACCACAUUAGUUCAUUUAUCCUGUGUGUUUGGUCUCUCGGCACCGUCACAUUCACC